AUGACAGACGUACGCUCGAUGCUGCGGCAAUCGAGAGAAGCCCGCAGAAUAACGCACCCCCAYGCAAGCUAUACUCCCGACUCGAAGAUCAGAUGUAACCUAUGCGACACGCUCGUCAAAUCGGAGGCAGCAUGGCAGAGCCACCUUCACUCAUCGCAGCACACACUGCGCCAAACACGCGCGCAAGAGGCUGCUGCGACUAGAGCUGGCAAUGGUGCUGGCAAAAAGCGCAAAGCCGACAGCCAGAACAGUCCGCCUCCAGAGGAUCGAAAAAAGGCCAAGUCCGUCACAUUCGUUGCAGGCGUGGAAGAGCCGGAGGAUGUCGUCGACCCUGAGGAAGUGCUCCCUUCUGUCAACGACUCGGCACCCCUGGUUAAUCCUCAGCCCAGCAGCGGCAAUGAUGAGGUAGUAGAUCCCGCGGAAAUGGCAGCGUUCGAGCGUGAGCUGGCCGAAAUGGAAGCGAGCAUGGUAUCGAAUGCUGCCGACAAAGCUACAAUAUCCGCGCCAGCGAUGACGGCUGAAGAAGUUGCAGCCCAGGCAAGGGAAGAGCAAAKCAUGCAACGUGGAAAUAGGGACGCGGAGCUGGAAGCCGAGCGUGAAGACGCUGCCAGAAUGCUUGAAGAUGAGUUGGACGAGAUGGAAAGCCUCGAGGAGCGCGUCAAGAGAUUACGAGAGCGAAGGGAGAAGCUGAGACAGGUCGAGCAUGUGACACCAACAAUACAGGCACCGGCAAUACGUCAGGAGAACCAUGCCAAUYCUGGAAGCGAAGACGAGGAGGACGAAGAAGAUGUCGAAGAGUGGGCUUUCGGUGCGAGAUGA